AUGUUCAGCCUUUUCAGCACCCUCAUCGCCAUGGGCUCUGCAUUCCAUGCACCCCUCUCAGCAACCCCCACAACCUCUCCCGCCCCCAUCAACUCCUCUGUCGCCAACUCAUUCGAUCCUAUGGAGAUCGACAGCAUCACUAUGCCUCAGGGCACUAAGCACAAUCUGUGCGAAGUGUACCAAGCAACGCAACUCGGCACCAGAAAGCGUGCCAGGGUCGGUGUCAGAGCCGUCCCUGCCGCUCAGAUGGUUGCCGAGGAGCGCCGAGACAGGAAGAUCAUGAGGGAGUGCAGAGCAAUCCUGGAUUCUUCGCCAGAGCACACAGCCCUUGUUACGACCGCGUUCAAGGCCUCAUCGAUGAGAGCGCUCUUCUUCCGCCACACCCCCAACCCAAUCUCCUUCGACUUCGAUAUCAUGAGCAGCGACCGCCCUAAUCGCCUCCCUAUCAGAGCCCGGUUUACCUCUGGGUCUAGGCCCUGGCAGCUUCCUGUGGAGGAGGUCAUGAUUGACGUUCCUGAAGCCGUGCUUCCCGUGGAGGAGGUCAUGAUUGACGCUCCUGAAGCUGUCGUCAAUGUUGUUACCCUGCCUCUACCUUCUCCAGCCGUCGAGGAGCCCAUGGCCGACGCACCACCUGAGAGUAUAUCCUCACCAAUCUCUCCUAACUCUCCACCCCUGUGCAACAACUCAGACUCGUCAUCCACAGCUCUCAGCUCAGACAACUCUACUCCAAGCAUCUGGUCGACCUUGGCCUCGACCUCGACCACUACCACCUCAGCAUCGGACUCCGGCCAGUUCCAGCCAUCUAACAACUGCCCCGAAGGCGAGGAUGACGGAACGAGCCUGUUCAUCCCGGAGAUAAGACAAGUCGUUGAGGGCAACAAGCAUCGUUCCUUAAAGCCAUGGAUGAACGGCAGUCUGCACGAUGCCCUCGAGGACGUGCUCAGGACUACGCAACCGCCCAAGCGAGGCGCCGCCAGGCAAGCAGCGAAGCCGAGCGGCAUCACGAAGAGAUCCACAGGCGUCGCGAAAAAGCAGAAGGCCAAGACCAACUGUCACCUGUCCUCCAAAAAGAAAUGCCUCUUCGAGGAAGAGACUGACACUGAGGACGAGCAGGAGGAGGGGCAGGAGAAGGAGAAUGAGCAAGAGGAGGAGCAGAGGGAGGUGGUCCAGCCAGACACCAUCUCUUCCCAGGUGGAGACUUUCCUUUCGGAAAUCUCUCCCGCGCCUACUGCGACCCAACCAUCACGCACUCCCACAACGCUGACUUUGAGACCUCCACCUACUGCGCGAUUUCCAUCCUGGAGCAAAAUCUCGAAGAACACGGUCAUCGCCGGCGCCUCGAAUGGGCCCAAGAAGUCCAAGGGUGCAACAACUGCCAGCGCUUCUGACGGCUUGUUUGCACGCGUGGCUGCAAAAGCCGCUGCCAAUAGCGGCGAGACCUAUGUUGAAGAGCCUCUCAUCGAUUACUACGAUGGAAUGUAA